AAUAGCUCCAGACACUUCCGCCUUCAGAUAACUUCACUUCCGCCGCCGGAUACGUCACUUCCGUGGCCUUGAGCCCGCACUUCCGUCGGCCCGUUGGGAAUCCGGCCCCCGGGUGGUCCGGAAACGAUUCUGGACCCGCCGCCAUGUCCAGGGCCCGGAACCCCCUGGGAUUGUGGGAAAUGUUUUUUUUUUGCCUCCGUAAGGGACCAGGCGGAGCUGAGGAACCGCGCGAGGACUGGGACCGUGACUCCUCUAACCGGAAACCGUCGCCUUUCGGGCCCGGCGGGGCCUGAGCCGAUGCAGAAUCAGGGGCCGCGAGGACGCCAGGGGGCGCUGCGCGUAGGAACCGCCGAGUGGCCGCUGCCGAUCGGGGCCGACUCGGGGACGGACCGGAAGUGCCUGAGGGCGGCCGCGGAACAGUCAAUUUGAGCCGCGCCGAGGUCGGGCCUGGGAAGGGUCAGCGGGAGACCUGAGGGCCCAGGACGCUGCGGCGGGCGGACCCGGGGUCCCGCCGAGAGGGUCCCGGCGCCAGGCAGCGCGAUCCGCGCGGGGGUGAAGCCAGGGAGGGGGCCGGCCUCCACGUUCUGGGACUUUUCUCUCCCCUGGGACCUGGGCCGCCGCCCACACACCAUGCUCCUGGGGCGCCUGACCUCCCAGCUGCUGAGGGCCGUUCCCUGGGCAGGCGGCCGCCCGCCCUGGCCCGUCUCUGGAGUGCUGGGCAGCCGGGCCUGCGGGCCCCUUUACAGCACACCGCCGGCCGGCCCAGGUAGGGCGGCCUCCCUCCCUCGCAAGGGGGCCCAGCUGGAGCUGGAGGAGAUGCUGGUCCCCAGGAAGAUGUGCGUCAGCCCCCUGGAGAGCUGGCUCACGGCCCGCUGCUUCCUGCCCAGACUGGAUAGCGGGACCGCAGGCCCCGUGGCUCCACCCCAGUCCCACCAGUGUCCGCCCAGCCCGAUAGGGGAAGGGGCCGAGCAGGGGGAUGAAGGCGUCGGGGAUGCGCCUCAAAUUCAGUGCAAAAACGUGCUGAAGAUCCGCCGGCGGAAGAUGAACCGCCACAAGUACCGGAAGCUGGUGAAGAGAACGCGGUUCCUGCGGAGGAAGAUCCGGGAAGGACGCCUGAAACGCAAGCAGAUCAAGUUCGAGAAAGACCUGAGGCGCAUCUGGCUGAAGGCGGGGCUGAAGGAAGCCCCCGAAGGCUGGCAGACCCCCAACAUCUACCUGCGGAGCAAAUGAGUCUGGCGCCGCCCUCCCGCCCGUUGCUGCUGCGAUCAUCUAGUAAUAAAUGCUCAGAGGACUCGACCCUU